AUGCAGCUUCCCCCUGAUGCAUUCGGAAAGACAUCAGUGGUAACGGCGUCGGCAAUCCUGUCGCGCUCGGGACAUCUGCACCCCCUGCCACGCUCCCGCUCGAGCCGCUCCAACUCGUUUGUGGGUAGCGGGGAUAUGAGCUACUUUACAGCCAUGCGCCGCGCGUCUUCGGCUGAAUCAGGCACAGCUGCAAGCGAGGGACAAACAGGCGAGGAACACAUGCCUGAAGAAGAGGAGGCGGACUCGUACUUUCCUCCCAUGCCGGCCGUGCUCAAGGAUCUCUGGAACGACAACACCGCCCCACCCUCGGACAAACAAAAGAACGGGAGGAAGCACACAGGUAGUGCGCUCGAGGCGAUUGGUGCCAUGUUCCUGCGCCAGGACAGCGCAGGCCGGCUGGACCAGCUGAGUUUGGCCCGCAAUGGUAAAGGAACGUCGGUCGUGAGCUGGCCGCUGAACAUGCCGCUCUGGCUGACCAUGUUCGAGACGCGGGCUAUGCUGCUCUCGGUGCGCAACUGGGUGAGCCGUGCUGUGUCUCUGGUAGCUUCGGAAGAAGAGCCGGCGAAGAAGAAAAAAAAGGUGCCCAAGAUGCACCCCACUCCGCCGUUGGGCGGCGAAGAGCUGCCCUCGACGCCUGUCGCGAUGCCAGGUUCUGUAGACGAUGGGCUGCUCCUUCCUCCUCCGCUGCUGGACGAAGGCAGCGACCCCCGCAGCUUUGAGGGUCUGCUCGGCGUUCGGCGCAUGCGCGAGCAGCAGCAGCGCAAGAAGCGUCUCGAUUCGCUGCGCGAGCGAAAUCGUCCUGCGCACCGUGUGGAUAUGUUUACGGCUUUUUCCAAUUUUGUGCGCUCCGCCAAGGCUUCCGAGAAGCACCGUGUGGAAUCCAAUGCCACGCGCCGUCGGCGGCUCGGCAUCGGUUUCGACUCCCAGCGUAACUACGAAGGAAAUCCCACGCGCGAGGAAGCGAUUGCCGCUUUGCGGUCUUCCAAGUGGCGCGCGCCGAGGCUCUUUUCGGCAAAGGAGCCCGAGGUGGAAGACCAAGGCGUGCUAUCCGAUGACGAGUCGCAUGUCAAGACGUCGGCUCUGCACGCGGAGCGUCCGUCCAUGCGCCGCCGUGCGACGGUGCAGCCCAAUCAGAAGUUUGGCGUGAUUGAGGAGGAAACGUUGCCCAAUGUUACUGUAAAGAACGAGGCGAAGCCCGACGCGAUUCAGGAAGAGAUCGAAGCGGUGCCGGUCAGCGCGCCCGUCUCGCCACGCCCUGUAAAGCAAGACGAGCCUGUAUCGGAGCCAGCCGCCCAAGCGACGUACCGCCUGACGCCACAGGUGAUGCUGGAUCGUGCGCAGUCCGAUUCGCUCAGCUCGCCUGCGACGAGCAAGUCGGGGCGCAGUAUAUCAUCAAGCGACACGACGAGCCGUCAGCAGACGCCUACGAUCACCGCCGAAGUUUCGGCUCGAGAUGCGAACCUCAGUGCGGCGUGGGUCGGGAUUUCGUUCCUGUUUGUGGGUGUCACUUUUGUGCCCGACUUUGUCGUGUUUCUCCUGGCGCACAUUCUCGACGUUAUCAUGGACAUGUACGAAGUUGUGUCGCAAGCGGUGUGGUUCUUGCGUUGGCUGUGGCUGAACGGUACGGGCCAGACGGUGCUGGGCCGCUGUGCGUACGAAGCGUACAAAUUCUUCCAAUCCGAGUGGGCGUACGUCGCGCGCGAGGACCACGAAGCGCGGAGUGAGCGUCGCCGGCACAUACGUGGCCUUCCCGCGAUCCGGAAGCGCCGUGGACUGAGCGCAUUUCAAGUAAUUCGCGGUAUACUGGAGCUGGCCUGUAUCCAGGCUGUUACGCGCGAGCGAUUCCAGGAACAAGGUGCGGGUCUCGAGCGGCUCACUGGCUGGCGGAAGCAUACGACGACUUGUCCCCCCACGCCUGCCAUGCCUGCGCAGGACGAGCCCGAAGAAGAAAAUGACGACGAUGACGACGACCUUGUUGUGACGAGCCGUACGAACGACAUUCUCGAGAUUUCGCGAACCGCGACAAAAGCACACGAGGCGCGCCGUGCCUCGUUGCAGAACGAUACGGCCUUGCAGAAGCAGGAUCACGCACGGGGUCUAUGGGACGAGGACAACGGCAUGCUGGUACGCAAUGUCAAGUGGGCGUCGCAGCUGGCCAUGUCUGCGUACGGUCUGCAGGUCCUGAUUGUCGAUCUACCUCCCGUCUUUACGCCGUCCGGCCGCCAAUUCCCCCAGCAGACGUUUGCGCACCUUUCGCGCCUGGAUGCCGACGAUGUGCUGCACGCCGAUAUCCAGACACUGGACGUGGAAGCGACGUACUCGCCCACGUUUUACAUUGUGCGCGACAUGCGGCGCAAGGUGGUGUGUGUGGCUGUGCGUGGCACGCAGAGUUUUGCCGACAUUGUCGUGGAUCUGGAUCUGCGCACGGAGGACGUCACCUCGGAGCUCCCCGAAUGGCGCGGCAUGGAGCGCGAAAAGCAUUCGGAGCACUUUGCCUACCACGCCGGCAUUUGGCGUGCGGCACGCGAGCUGGUCAAGCCUGGGUCGACGCUCUUUUGCAAGCUGCGCGACACGCUCAACGACCACCCCGACUUUGGCCUUGUGUUUGUCGGUCACUCGUUGGGUGGCGCGAUUGCGAGUGCCGCCGCGAUCCUCUUGUCCGAAUACCACAUGGACGAGCAGGAUACCCAAGCAGACCCCAAGCAAGGCGUCUGGCGCACGGUCGGUACGGGCGGCUUCCCCGGCGACCGCCGCAUCCGAGCCAUUACUUUUGCGCACCCCGCAGCGCUAUCGGUAAACUUGUCUGCACGCACGUCGUUUGGCGCCGUGCCCCUCGUCACGACUAUCAUCUACGGGAGCGACAUUAUUCCCCGGUUCGGCCACGGCCAGGUGCGUGAACUGCGCCGUGUCCUGGGUGCCCUUACGCGUGUCCGCCGCCGGCGUACGAUGGAGACGACGACCAUCAGCAGCAACCCCGGCCACGCGCCCGAGCGUGAGAGUGCCGUGGUCCACGUGCUCUGGCGUUACUGGGACUGGCUCUCGAUCUGCCGCAACGACCGGCCGGACGCGGUGAUGCUCGACCGCAAGCGCCGGCUCGAGGAUCUCUUCUGGCGCCUCCGCUGCGAGGUCGAAGACGACCUGUACUCGCAAGCCAAGCGCCGCUUUGACGAAGCGCACUCGCUACAAAACGCACCCAAUUCGCCGUGGAUUUCCGCGCAGAACCCCGGCGAGGUGGACCUACAUACCCUGUCGAGUCGCCGCCAGCGGCUCGACGACGCAACCCUCAGCAACGAGACGGCGCUUGGUGGUCCGCUCGUGCCGGCCGGCCGCAUCCUUUGGCUGGAAAAAGGCGAGCUGUUCGACGUGACGAACCCGCUGACGUUUUUCGGCCUACCCGAUCUACAGUCGACCAUGUUCCUCGACCACUUCCCCGCCGCCUACGAGGAGGCGAUUUUGGCGCUGGGCCGGCGCGAGUCCGCGCCGGAACGCAGCGAAUCAUAA